CCACUACCGCCACCAGCUUUUCCUUUCUUUCUUUCGGCCGGCCAUUAAUCAAUUCUCUCUGUUCCGCCGCCGAAUUCUGGUCAGCAGCGCCGGAGUCAGAUCGGUCACAGAAUCAAUCCAUCCGGCAGCUAAUUCAUUCAUUCAUUCUUUCAUUUUCAUCUCUCGCCGCACCGAAUCAAAAACCAAACCCAAACCCAACCCCCAAAACUUAAUAAAUACAGAAACGCCCAACACAUACACCUCACCUCGCCCCCAUUUUCGGCCCCCUUUCCUUUCAUCGCAUCUCUCUCUCUCUCUGUGGACGCGGCUUCAUUUCCUCUCUCUCUCUCUCUCUCUCUCUCUCUCUCUCUCUCUCUACGCUACAUACACAUCUUCCUAGAAUCUGUAUCAGCCAUUUCAUAUUUUCUCUUGACCUCGAUCAACCCAGGGAAGAAAAGUCAUUAGCAUCGUCCUCCGGUGAAUUCAUUAGGACGUACGUACGCCGUCGAAUCAAACAGAAUUUCAAUACCCCGGCCGGCCGGCCGGCGCCGACAUUAUAAUUCUGCGAGUGGCCCCGUUGCUCCCGCUUGCUAGCUAGCUAUCCCGCUCCAUUUAUAUUAUAUAUAUCCUUUCUUCGCUCGCUCCAUAUCGAUCGGCCGGAGAUAGAUGGGGGUAUUAGAUCUUUUCGUGGCGUCGACCAUUCCGGUCAUCAAGGUUCUCGUCAUCACUGCACUCGGCACCUUCCUCGCCCUUGACCGCGUCGAUGUCCUGGGGGCCGAUGCCAGAAAACACGUCAACAACGUGGUGUUCUAUGUGUUCAACCCGGCACUCAUGGUGGGAAGCCUCUCCCAGACCAUAACCUUCCAGCAGAUGGUGAAGCUCUGGUUCAUGCCGGUCAACGUCCUCAUCACCUUCGUGGUGGGUUCGGUCCUGGGCUGGAUGGUCAUACAGCUCACCAGGCCGCCCAAGGAGCUGAGGGGACUCAUCAUCGGCUGCACCGCCGCAGGCAACUUGGGCAACAUGUUUAUGGUCAUGAUACCCGCCAUCUGUAAGGAGAAAGGCAGCCCCUUCGGCUCCCCUGAAGUCUGCCAGUCCUACGGCUUGGCAUAUGUCUCCGUCUCCAUGGCCUUGGGAGCAGUGUAUCUAUGGACCUAUGUUUACAGUAUUAUGAGGGCAUCGACCACAGUAGACACAGCAGGAGGAGAAGGCGGCGAUGACCUAGAGAAGCUUCCAGUCAGCAUCAUCAAUACUACUACGACUGGAACUGUUGAAAACUCCCUUGAACACCCUCUUCUUCUACCUGCAUCACCUACUUCGAACCAUAAUAAGUUGAAUGCAGCAGGUGGGGAGAUCAGCAGCUUCCCUCAGAAGGUAAAGCAAGGGCUGACCAAAACGCUGGGAAAUGUCAACUGGAAGACCAUAUUUGCACCUUCCACCAUUGGUGUGAUUAUAGGAUUUGCGAUCGGGCUGACUCCACCAAUAAAGAAUGUGCUGGUGGGAGACGAAGCACCUCUUCGUGUUAUUCAAGAUUCCGCUGUCCUCUUAGGACAGGCAGCCAUCCCGACUCUGACCCUGCUUGUCGGAGCUAAUCUACUCAGAGGGCUGAAAGGGUCGAGCGUGAAGAAGACGGUGAUAAUAGGGGUGGUGCUGGCCAGAUACGUGGCCCUUCCUCUGGUGGGGAUCGUGGUGGUGAAAGGGGCGCUGCGGUUAGGGUUCAUCCCGGCAAACGACCCACUCUAUCAGUUCAUUCUCCUCCUGCAGUUCACCGUCCCGCCUGCGAUGAACAUCGGCAUCAUCACUCAGUUGUUUGGAGCAGGGGAGUCCGAGUGUUCCGUCAUCAUGCUCUGGACUUACGCCUUGGCUUCCGUCUCCCUCACCCUUUGGUCCACUUGCUUCAUGUGGCUCGUCACCUCUUCUUGAACAUCUUAUCUUGGUGAUGAUGAUAGUAGUAGUAAUGUAGCCAAGAAGAGAACAACAAAAAGGAUGGUAUAUUUGUUACUGCACCAUACCAAAUUUUUUUACACCCUCCAUUUUAUGAGUAGGAACAGAGGCAGAAAGCAGAGCCUUUGAGGAAUGCAGUACGAGGGUGAUAGAUAUUAGAUUCCCAUUGCUUCAAUUCUUCAAUCAUUCUUAUGUUGUAUUGUUGUAUAGACGACCUUUAUAUCGAUUCAUAUACAUGAGUGAAGUAGAAUACAAGCAUUGUUCGAAUUGAUACGUCUCGCAUCUCAUUCUUCCCGUUGAGGCA